AUGCAGCACUACGGGGUGAACGGCUACUCACUGCACGCGAUGAACUCACUGAGCGCUAUGUACAAUCUUCACCAGCAGGCGGCGCAACAGGCCCAGCACGCCCCCGACUAUAGACCCUCGGUACAUGCCCUCACUCUGGCGGAGAGAUUGGCUGAUAUCAUUCUUGAGGCCCGUUAUGGCUCCCAGCACAGAAAGCAGCGUCGCAGUCGGACGGCCUUCACCGCACAGCAGCUUGAGGCUCUGGAGAAGACUUUUCAAAAGACCCACUACCCAGAUGUGGUGAUGAGGGAACGCCUGGCCAUGUGCACUAACCUGCCCGAAGCCCGCGUACAGGUUUGGUUUAAAAACCGCAGAGCAAAGUUUCGGAAGAAGCAGCGCAGCCUGCAGAAAGAGCAGCUCCAGAAGCAGAAGGAGGCGUCAGGAUCCACAGAGGGUUCAGCAGAGGACCCCAAAAGUGACGGCACUGACACCACCCCAGCUCCCUCCACCCGCUCUCCCCCUCCCCCCUCCUCCACCUCAUCCUGUCACUCAGACUCCGACAGACUGACAGCAGCUCAGGCUCAGGCGGCCGAGAUGAGUGUGGAAGUGAACGUCACCUCCCCAGAGCCAUCGGACAGCGAGUCAGCAGCAGAAGAUAAUGCUGACAGAGAAGAGGAGACCAUAAGAGGGGAGCCCAGGGUGAAGAGUGGGGAGGAGGUGCAGGGGGAGGGGGGCGCACGACCAGGGAGCGGCUCUCCAUCCUGCAAACGCCUCAGUCCAACAUCAGACUCUCCACUCAGUUCUCCGGCCCUGCCCUCUUCCAGCGCCGUGUCCAGCAGUUUGGUGACGAGUAACUCCUACGCCUCCUCCCCUCUUAGCCUGUUCCGUCUUCAGGAGCAGUUUCGGCAGCACAUGGCGGCAACCAACAACCUGGUACACUACCCGUCUUUUGACAUGAGUGCACCCUCCUCCCUGCCCUACCUGGGGAUGAAUGUCAACAUGUCUGCGCCCCUGGGAUCUCUGCCCUGUCAGUCCUACUAUCAGACCUUGUCCCAGGCCCAGCAGGUUUGGAACAGCCCACUGUUACAGGCAGCUCCAGGAAGUCUCCCAGGUAGUCUCAACAGUAAGACCACAAGUAUCGAGAACCUGCGGCUGAGGGCCAAGCAGCACGCGGCAUCACUGGGACUGGACACGCUCCCCAACUGACCCUGCUCAUGUCUACAGCACUGACUUAAAGCUGCACUAUGUAACUUUUCAGAUCGAGGGUCGUCCACCUGGUUCAGUCAUGGAGAUUAUUGCUUUGUGUGGAAUGCUCCACAGUAUCGCAUUAAAGAAGCCUUUCCCCAUAAAGACAGCAUCAGGCCACAGGUCAGAUAUGUGCAGGGGGGAUAGAUAAGGAUAAUGUCAUAUUGUGGAGUAUUCUAGAAAAAGCAUGGAUAUCUCCCUGGAGACACAUCCCCCUCUCCAAAAUUCUCCAGCAAUUUCACCUGAAAAAGUGACUCAAAGACAUUAUGUGAAGUCAACCAUUUAUCUUAAGUUGCCCGCAUUACUAUUUUAAGCACAUCUGCUCAUGACAUACAUGGAUCUGGGAAGAUGCUCAAAGUCACAGCUCAUGAAAAGGGAAACCAACUACAUAUACAAAAGCAAAAACAAUUAAAUUCUGUGAACUGUGCAUGCAUGCAUGGACUAUGCCUAUAGAGGGCAGCAGUCAAUCACGUCGGCCAAACAGUCACAACAUCAGGACAGGUUGCCCAAUUGAAUUGUGGUAAAGCUCAU